UCAAACCCAUCGAAGCAAGAUGAAGUGUAUUGUGCUGUGCCUCUCGACCCUGUUAGCGAUCGGGCUGGCCCUUCCGGCACCGCAGUGGCCUCAGGCUUUCGGUGGUGGCGCAUUCGAUGUAUUCCAGAAUGGCCUCUCAAGCGGGUUCAACUUUUCCGGCGCCGGCAACGGAACCGGUCCGUCGCUACCGGACUUUAGCCGUUUCCUACCAACCAAUCUGACGUUCCCUUCGCUGGGCAUUCCGACGUUGGCGAACUUCUCGAACUUCAGCGUUCCAUCGUUCUUUCCCGCUGCCGGGAAUCCCCUGGGAGGAGGCAUUCCGUUUUUCGGUUAGAAAAUCAACAGUUGCACCAAUGUUGGCUGCAACGAUGAGUAAAGGAAGAAGCUAAUAAACACAACCCGUUAGAUCGGAAUCAAAAUCGUUUUACUUUGAACGUGCACAUCUAAUUUUCGCUACCAAAAACGCUCGAAAGAUGAUAGAUUAUUAAAUUAUGGCUAUAAUCCAAUCAUACGUUUUCCACUCGGAACCC